AUGGUUGAACUUACCAAAUUAGUUUUAUCAGAAAUGAUUCAAGGAAAUGAAGGACGGAUAUUGAUGCUUGGCAGUCUCGCUGCAUUUCAACCAAUUCCUGUCAUAGCAUCUUAUUGUGGUACAAAAGCAUUCGUUACCAAUUAUACACAUUCACUCAUCAAUAAACUGAGAGAUACCAAAGUCACUGAUACAUUACUUGUUCCAGAAGAGACUAAUACGGCUGGUGCAAGUGAUAGUAAAGCAAAUCAUAUGGAAUCAGCUGAUGACCCACGCCAUGUGGCUCAACGAGACUAUGAAGCAAUGAUCAAAGGUGAACAUCGACCUUAUGGGUCGACCAAAGUCAAACUAAUGGUUGAUGUUGGUCAAAUUAUUCUAAAUGAAAUUAUCACAGACGUUACACGAAGACUUAUCGAAAAAGCCCAAUUAAUAGUCGAUUUUUGA